UCACUCUCAUCACUCUGUUCAUGUCUCUGGAUCCUCCAAAGAAUGUAUUGGUGUCCAUCAGGCCCGCUAGUGAAAUAGUGGGGUACAGUUCAGUGACUCUGACCUGCAGCAGUGAUGCCAACCCACCUGUGCAGAACUACGCCUGGUUUAAAGAAGGAGGAACCUCAUCUGUAGGAUCUGGAGAGACAUACAACAUCACCAUCAGCUCUAAUAGCAGUGGCUGGUAUUACUGUGUAGCUCAGAAUGAACACGGGAUGCUGAAAUCAGCUUCCAUAGAUGCCACUUUAAAGGCAGGUCACUUCUACAUUUUGCCUAUAGCUGUUGGAGUCAGCCUCUUUGGGAUUGUAUUUCCUCUCUCAAUAGUUUUAUUUAUGAAGAGAGAAAGUUUAAGAAGAGGCAAGAGGCAAAAGAGAAAUACAGAUGAAUCUGAUUAUGGGGACUUAAGGAAACAUUACUAAGAGAAUCAUCACUGAGAAAUUAAACUUGCAGCUGUAUCCCAAUGCAGUCAAAAGAGUGAGAGAUAGAGGGGAAGAGAGAUGGAUGAUUACAUGUAGACAAGAGUGUUCAGUUAAUCAACAGUAAAAAAUGUAAUCAACUGCAAAAAAUGUUGCAGUCUUUCAUUUUUUAAUUUUUUUUUGUACUGAUGGAAAA